GUUUACACGUGAGCUGUUAACCCUUAUCCAUGCCUCCAGCCGUGAGGAAUGUGUGUCAGUAGUGGGCAGGCAGACCAAAGGCUAAGUCUUGAAAACAUGAUUCCUGCAACUGUUCACACUGUCCUGAGUGCUCUGUAUUUAUGCUGCCACAGAAAGAACUGGUUACACUCGGAGGAGCAACACAAGAAACACUAAGGACUGAAAUGCGCUUGCAGUUAAAGUAUCCUCAUCAUGAAUAGGUACACAACUAUCAGACAGCUUGGUGAUGGGACCUACGGCUCUGUUCUCCUAGGGAGAAGCAUUGAAUCUGGGGAGCUAAUAGCCAUUAAAAAAAUGAAGAGAAAGUUUUACUCCUGGGAGGAAUGCAUGAACCUUCGAGAGGUUAAGUCUUUGAAGAAACUAAACCAUGCCAAUGUAGUAAAGCUGAAAGAAGUUAUCAGGGAAAAUGAUCAUCUGUAUUUUGUGUUUGAAUACAUGAAGGAAAAUCUUUAUCAGUUAAUGAAAGAAAGAAACAAACUGUUUCCUGAGUCUACAGUUAGGAAUAUUAUGUAUCAGAUCCUGCAAGGACUUGCAUUUAUCCAUAAACAUGGGUUCUUUCACAGAGACUUGAAACCCGAAAACCUCCUGUGCAUGGGACCAGAACUUGUGAAAAUAGCAGACUUUGGCUUAGCCCGAGAAAUCCGAUCUAGACCUCCUUACACUGAUUACGUAUCCACGAGAUGGUACAGGGCUCCUGAAGUCCUACUGAGAUCCACCAGCUAUAGUUCUCCAAUAGAUAUUUGGGCUGUUGGUUGUAUAAUGGCAGAAGUUUACACACUGAGGCCUCUCUUCCCAGGUGCCAGUGAAAUUGAUACUAUAUUCAAAAUUUGCCAAGUGUUGGGGACACCAAAGAAGAAUGACUGGCCUGAAGGCUACCAACUUUCAUCCUCCAUGAAUUUUCGCUGGCCUCAGUGUGUACCUAACAACCUGAAAACCCUCAUACCUAAUGCUAGCAGCGAAGCAGUGCAGCUUAUGAGAGACAUGCUACAGUGGGACCCCAAAAAGCGGCCAACAGCUAGCCAGGCACUCCGAUAUCCAUACUUCCAGGUUGGGCAUGCCUUGGGUGUUCAGGAUCUGGUGAAACAAAAGGAACUCCAUGAUAAAUCAUCUCUGCAUAUUAAGCCUGUCCCUCCACCACAACCUCCUUCAAAAUCGCAUGCGCGGAUUUCUUCACGAGCAUUUCAACAAAGCCAGGCUUCUCAUCAUUUGGUCUAUCCAUAUAAGACAGACAACUCUGGGACUGAUCAUAGUAACUAUUUACAGGAAGACAAGUCUAACCAGGUUCUUCUUCCUGCAAUUCACAAUAAGGUUCCUCAGCAGAAAACAUCUGUUGGAACUGAGAAUGUAAAUGGUGAACUUAAACCAAAAGCUAGGCGAAGAUGGGGACAUCUUGCUAGAACAGUGAAGAGUUCUGAAGACUGGGAUGAUUUGGAAGACCUUGAUUUUGGCUCUUCUGUCACAAGAGUUGACCUGAAAAACAAAAAGAGGCAGAAUGAUGAAACUAUUUGUAGAUUUGAAAGCAUUUUGGACCUGAAGCCUUCGGAUGCUGUUGGCUCUGGCAGCAGUGCACCUUCCCACAUUACCUUCCCACGGCAGGACACUCCCACAUUGCGAGUUUCUGCAGCAAAGCAGCAUUACCUGAGACAUUCUAGGUAUCUACCUGGAGUCAACACAAGGAAUAGCUUAGUCUCCACGUCGAGCAAAGAGUCUGUUCCAUCUAAUCCCUGGCCCACUUCUGGUUUGCCUGGGAAAGCUUCAGGACUGGGAGGAAGUAUUAACAGGAUAAAUUCAGGUCCCAUAGGAUCAAGUGGUUAUAUCCCUUCGUUUCUGAAGAAGGAAGUAGGCUCUGCUGGGCAGAGGGUUCAGUUAGCACCAAUUGCAGAUCCAUCUUCUAAUUAUGCUUCUCCAAAGUCGGUAAGACCCCAUCCUGGACAGCCCUCAUUCAGUUCCCCUUCAGGAAGCACACCAAGGUUAAUGCCUCUCCCGCCACCAGCUCAGCCGAUCCAUGGCCGUGUUGACUGGUCUGCAAAGUAUGGUGCUAACCGGUGACGUGGAAAAACUUCCUAAACCAGUGUAUAUUUCCCAUGAAGUGGUGAAUAACACGAGACAAUUUUAUAUUGCUUUGUAUACCUGUAAAUUUAAAAGAAACAGAUCUUCUAUGGUUGAGACCUUUUUGAAGGCUUUUUUUUAACUUUUAUUUGUAUUAAUUUGGAUGCAAUCUUGUACUUUUUUGUAUGAAAUUGUUUUGUUAUAUAAUUGGGUCCAGUUAUUUUCAUAACAAAAUCAUUUUGUAUAUAUGGUUGAGGGGUCUUGGCAUUUUUAUAUGACAAAUUUUUAUAUAAAACGUUUUUAAAAUUUAACUUUUCCUUUUAUUGGAUUCAACUUUUUUAUAAAAGUGGGUUUUAAAAAAAAGGCAGAGUGGUGCAAUAUUGCAGUGGAAGAGAAGUAGCAAGGAAGGGGCAUUCAUCAGAUAUUUUCAGAAGUUUACGUGCUAAAUGAGGCUUUAUAAUUUCAGCAGUGCCACAUCCUGAUGCCAUGCUGUUGUUGUGCACUCAUUUGCUUUGUAUUGACAUUAAUGAGUAGGAGUGAGUAACAGUCUAAACUCUACUUUGCAUCCAAUGAGAGACUGCUGGAAGUCCCAAGUCAGUGGGAAGCUUUGUUGUUGUAUUUAUUUUUACCUUUACAAGGUGUUUUUUUGGACUGCUGUCCAGCUUUCCAGUCCCAUUCUUUUGCUUUUACCAAAUCUUGGUAGUCUUCUUUAGUAAAGGGUAUUCAGUAGAUUUGUUUUCUGAUGCCUGUUUGUCCUGUUUCAAAGUUACCUCUUGGUGUUGUUCACUAUGAAAUAGAAUGUGGACCUACCUCUGUUAAAUUCAUUUACAUGCUUCCUAAUGACUUCUAAGGAGAAAAAGUAGAUUCUGCUUUUUUGUCAUUGGUGGGAAUAGAUUAUAAGAUGCGAAGACAGAUUUAAGACAGUAUUGACAAUUACAAAGCUAAUUUCACAGUAACAAAGAAUUAGUGAGAUACCAGCAGCAGAGUUUAAGGAAACAGUAUCUAUUCCAUUGACUUAAUUUUUGUAACUGUUUUAAAUCACUUUUGAGGGAGAAAAAAAAAAUCUGGAGCAAAUGAAUCAGUUUAAGCUUCAGUUCUUCUUUUCAUUAUGUCUUCACUGCAAUGUGAAGAGUAUGUCCUCUGUUCUGUAAAUUAGGCCCCCAGACUCUACUGGGAAAAAUAGGACCUUACCUCAUCCUACUAAAAAACAUUCUAAAAUUGUGAUUGAUUCAACUCGGCUUACAGGAGAGAAUGAAUGAGCAGGUUAUAGACAAAGGAGAAUAGCCCCAUAGCUUGGGUUAUUUCUGCACUGGAAAGGAGUGCCAGAGUUCAGCCAUCAGCAAAAGGUUCGUUUUGAUCAGUCAGCAUUUGGGUAUUCCUGCAGCUCUUUCCACAGAAGAUUAGCCCUGUAGAUAAAUCGGUGCUGUGGGAGAACAUCUUUUAUAGCUGUGCUUUGGAAAAGCACUGUCAAAGCUGAAGUGUGCUGUGAAAACACAUCUUCCUGCAGAAGUGUACAGAAAUGCUUAGCUUUUGGGAAACCUCACCUGAACUCGUUUUAUGAACAGGUCGGGCAGAUCUUAAAUUUGGGAGACUUAGAUCCAGCCUAAAGGGAUCAGAGCAGGUACAGUUCUUGGCAUCUGGGCAUCUGAAGGUGGCAAAGGGCUAGUGUGUGAGUUCGAUCCUCUCUGUGUGGUCUGCCUGCACCCACAAGGGGCACCCGCUGCGGUCUGGAGGCUGGUGGCGUGCACUGGCAUCUUCAGGUCUUUGCAUGGAGAACAUACGGGACUCAGGAAACAGGACCCUCGAGUAGGCUGCUGGCUCAGUGCUACGGAGGGACCGUGAGGGGCACUGGUCACUGUUUGUUUUAACAAACUCAGCCCACAGUGAGACAGUACAAGGCA